AUGCACGAGGACUCGUCGCAACGUGAGAAACCGAAGAUACGUCUGCUGCGACGAUGGGAUGACAUGCCAAGACACCUGCAGUUCAAUCCUCACAUCCGCACUGGCUACAGACCGGUCAUGACUGUCGGCCAGUGCCUUGGCAGCCUAUUCUACGUCCACAACGAGACUGUUAAUAUUGUGACACAUGGACUUGCUAUUCUGUACAUGUUAAUGACCAUUCCUCAACUUCUUCCAUGGAACACCAAGGGUACUCUCUUAGCGAUUUUAUCUUGGUGCCACUUAAUAGGCGCCGUUAGUCCGUGGAUCGGUUCCUUUAUCUAUCAUCUUUUUAUGAAUUUAAACUACGACGAAGUCUUCUAUAGAUUUUUAUUAAAAUUAGACAUGAUCGGUAUCUGGCUGUGCCAAAGUUUUGGAGCAAUACCUAUGAUGGCAGCAACUGUUCAUUGUCUGCCAGACACUUAUUGGUACUGCUGUAUUUUUAUCUACUGGUUUCUUUGUAUUUGGGGACUUCUCAAUGCAAUGAGUGCUCAAUCUCCUUGGGAGAGGAGACUAUGUUUCGCACCCCCUUUCCUCAUGAGAAUGUUAGUGAUGACUCUACGAUGUUUCGGUAUUGGAGGUGGUUCACCGAGUGCAUUGCUUCACAUCGUACUCCAGGACCUUAUAGCUGUCGUGGGAGCGACCAUCGGUGCUAUGCGUAUACCAGAAAAGUGGAUACCGGGUAAACUGGAUCUGGUAUUGAAUUCUCACAAUUUGAUGCACGUGUUGGUUGUAUUAGCGGUUUGCUCGAUGCACGCCGCGACUCUGGAGGACCUCUCAUGGAUGUGUGGCUCUUCUCCGUGCAACAGGACAGAAUCUCUUCACUUGAAGCACGAUGAAUUGUGAUGGAGUUGGGUGCGUGGAUACUUUUUAAUGAAGUCUGUGAUAAAUCGAGCCUACGUCAACAGCUAAUCACUUAUGUAGGUACAUACUUUGUUUAAUGAAAUGUGUAAAUCAGAGACGAUGAAAAAUGUAAAACGCGGAACAAAACUUAAUUAAGGGUAAUAAAGAGACACGUGUGGAACAGUUUAAGUACAAGAACGAGUACAAAAAUUAAAUUAAUUUGUCAUAUCACGGGAAAUAAAACAUAUGACUUCCAAUGGCAAUCAGUCUUCGUGUCGAUGAUUCAGGGGAUGGCUUUUUUUAUAAAACUGGAAUAAGCACAUCAAAAAUACAUUUAUUAUUGUAAUUAUAAGAAUUCAAGAUUCGCAGCAAUAUGCAAGAUGCGUUCUCGGAGACUAGUUCCGGCGUACGCAUCGUUUCGCAAUGUCGACGCCAUUUAUGUAGGCGUAGACGAAUAAAGCUAUCUCAAAAUAUCGGAAUUUCUUUAAUUCCGUAACCGACUCUUCGAUUCUUUAUACAUAAGAUCAUUGCCCAAAUGUUAAUGUCGGAAAAUAGAAGUUAUGAUCAAUUGAUUUCUAUUUGAAAUUACAUACGUACAUUACAGAAGCAUAAUUUGAUCUGUGAUUCACAAUCGAUAGAUCUCAUAAUUAAAUAAUAAACAGUAUAAAUCUGGUUAA